AUGAAGUUCGGCAAGACCCUGAAAGAGUCCGUUUACCAGCCAUGGAAGGCCGAGUACAUUGAUUAUGCCAAGCUCAAGGCUCUCCUCCGCGAAGGCGGAUCCGACGAGGAGGACGAUGUCCCGUGGACUGAGGAGGACGAGAAUCGCUUUUGCGACGAGAUGUUCAACGUGCAGCUUGAAAAGGUCACCAAGUUCCAAGAGACCACGUUUAAUGCCAUCAAGGAUCGAGUCAACUCUGCCUUUGACACAGUGAGAGACCUCGCUCCGAAGGACAAGGAGAGCCCUGGAGGUAGUACUAGCGGCGUGCAAAAGGAACGGUUGAAGGAGCUCGAGAAGGAGCUGGACGACAUCACCAAGGAGAUUCGCGAGCUCAAGGCCUUCACAAGUAUCAACUACACUGGUUUCCAAAAGAUUGUGAAAAAGCAUGAUCGAAAACGGGGUGGCAGGUACAAGCUGUCGAUCAUGUACUUCAUUAUUCGGCAACGCCUCGAGGGCGAUGGUGAGCGAAAGGAUGCCAUUCAGCCCGUCGAUCUGGAGAACGAAGGCGAAGUCCACAAUGGCGAACGAUAUACGGCGCACAAGUUCUGGGUACACCCUGACAACCUGCUCGAGGUUAAAACCUACAUUCUGCCACGGUUACCUGCCCUCGUAUAUAGCUCGCAGCAGGCGACAGAUAUAACCCCCAGCGAGGACCCCACGAUUACUUCGCUCUACUUCGAUAGCCCCAAGUUCAACCUGUACAAGGCCAAGAUCGACCGUAGGUCGACUGCCUCGUCUCUCCGACUUCGCUGGCAUGGAAAACUCGCCGCACGCCCCAACAUCGUGCUUGAAGAAAAGACGAUUGAUGAGCAGGGUGGAAGUUCUGAGGUUCGCAUGGCGAUCAAGGAGAAGUACAUUCUCCCUUUCAUCAAUGGCGAAUAUCAGAUGGAGAAGACGGUCGCGAAGAUGGAGAGGCAGGGGCAGGUUGGCGAGGCGGUCGAAAGCUUCAAGGAGACAUCCAGUCGUCUUCAGAACUUUAUUCAGAAGAACGGAGUCUCGCCUAUCAUGCGAGCGAACUACGUCCGAACCGCUUUCCAGAAGCCGGGCGACGAUCGCGUGCGCAUCUCUAUCGAUAGCGAUGUUGCCUUUAUCCGCGAGGACACGCUCGACGACACACGGCCGUGCCGCAGCCGAGACGAGUGGCACCGAACCGAUAUUGACGACAGUGGCAUGUCUUAUCCAUUCAAGAAUGUACGAGAAGGCGAAGUCUCGAAAUUCCCCUACUCCAUCCUCGAGAUCAAGAUCAAAGGCGAUGCUACGCGGAAGAGGCCGGCGUGGGUCGAGGAGCUCAUGGCGUCCCACCUUGUGCACCCCGCGCCUAAGUUUUCCAAGUUCCUGCACGGCGUGGCCUCCCUAUUUGAUGACUAUGUAAACACAUUCCCCAUCUGGAUGAGCGACCUGAAUACGGACAUUCGCAAGGACCCCGCAAGGCGUUUGAAGAGGAUGUGCAAAGACGUGCGGAAAAGGCCGAGGAUGAGCAGGUGGGGAGCAAACGAGACUCUAGGGAAUGGUCGGGCCAAUGGCGAAGGCGAGUCGAGCCAAACGACAAACUACGGGACUCUAUCGUCUCUCCUACCGAGCUUCUCCUUGAAGCGGUAUUCCCGCGCCCGGCACGGCGAGGUAGAGCCUCUGCCCGAGGGCGUUGUAGAGCCGGAAGUCUGGAUCAAGAACAAGGGAGAGCUCAAGAUUGAGCCAAAGGUAUGGCUGGCAAAUGAGCGCACGUUCCUCAAGUGGCAGCACAUCAGCAUUCUCCUUGGCAGUCUGGCUGUCGCCCUUUACACCGCCUCAGGUGCGGGGACCGUUGCACGCAGCAUGGCCAUAUUUUACAUAUUAGUGGCGGUAUUUACCAACAUCUGGGCGCAGAGGAUGCUCAAGGUACGGCGGAAGAUGAUCAUGGAGAGGAGCGGCAAAGACUUUGACAACAUGAUUGGGCCUAUGGUUGUCAGCGGCACUUUGGUCGUGGGUUUAAUUUUGAAUUUGAGCCUUCAGUGGAAGCAUACAUUGGCACAUAUGACGGAUACCGAGACGCUCGUCGGCGUCGUCUAG